AAAUUGAUAGCCGCCAUGCUCGCUUGCUAGCCAGCUAGAAUCCAGGACACUUUUUCAGUAAAUUCCGCUAGCUAUAUAGCUAGCUGUAAGUCACACUAGUCAUGCUGCUAAUAUCGUCUUCGUUAUGUUCACGGUCACUAUGUCGUACAGCGCGAAUCAUGUGUUCAUUAAAUGUUAUGUCUGGAUCCAGUCCUUUCAUGCCGAGACGGAUAUUAUGGAAACGAGCGUUUACCCGAGCAGUUGGGUCGAGACUUGUCUUGGGCAUAGAAACGAGCUGUGAUGAUACAGGAGCCGCUGUUUUGGACGAGACGGGGUUCAUUCUCGGGGAAUCUUUGCAUUCCCAGAAAGAGGUGCAUUUAAAAACAGGAGGAAUUAUUCCAACAGUUGCCCAGAGGUUGCACAGAGAGAACAUAGCUGGUGUGGUUCAGGAUGCCCUGAACAAGAGUGGAGUGGCACCAAGAGAGCUCGCUGCUGUGGCAACCACUGUGAAGCCUGGUCUUGCCCUGAGCCUUGGGAUUGGCCUGGAAUACAGCCUGAACUUUGUUAAGCAGCAUCAGAAGCCAUUCAUCCCCAUUCACCACAUGGAGGCCCAUGCCUUGACUGUCAGGAUGAUCCAGCCUGUGCCCUUCCCCUUCUUGGUGCUCCUAAUCUCAGGGGGGCACUGUCUCUUGGCUGUGGCCAGAGAUGUUGAUGACUUUCUCUUGUUGGGACAAUCAAUGGAUGAAGCACCAGGAGACACUUUAGAUAAGGUGGCAAGAAGACUGUCGCUGAUAAAACACCCAAAGUGCUCCAUGUUGAGCGGGGGGCAGGCAAUCGAGCUCCUGGCUAAAGAGGGCAACAGGUUAAAUUUCAGCUUCAAGACACCAAUGGGGCAAUACUUUGACUGCAACUUCUCCUUCGCUGGCGUCCGAAACCAGGUCACACAAGUGAUAAAGCAAAAAGAGGAGGAGGAAGGUGUACAGCAGGGCGGGAUACUGUCAAGCGUGAAUGACAUUGCUGCAGCGACACAGCACACAGUAGCCUCCCACAUUGCCAAGCGCACACAUCGGGCCAUUCUCUUCUGUAAGGAAAGAGGGCUUUUGCCUGAAUGCAGCCCCACUCUGGUGGUCUCUGGAGGAGUUGCCAGCAAUCAGUACAUCAGGGAGAUUUUGAAAAUUGUAACAGACGCCACGGGAAUGCAUUUGCUGUGUCCACCAUCUAAGUUCUGCACCGACAAUGGAGUCAUGAUUGCAUGGAAUGGGGUUGAAAGGCUCAGAGUAGGAAAGGGGAUAAUGACACACACAGAUCAAAUCCGCUACGAGCCAAAGGCUCCCCUUGGCACUGAUAUCACCAAUCAGGUGAAGGAGGCGGCCAUCAGAACGCCAUCAUUAAAGCUGAAGAUCAGCGUCAGAUGACUGGUGUGAUUUUUUACAAAUAAAAAAUAGAUACUUAGACGC